AUGCCCUUUCUCUACCAUGAUCCAACAGCUGCAUCUAUUUCGGACAGAGAUUGCGAUACGAGAGAGGGAGAGACUGUAGCCAUGAACUAUAAGCCGUCCCCACUUCAAGUGAAAUUAGAGAAGCAGAGGGAGCUGGCUCGGAAGGGCUCCCUGAAGAACGGCAACAUGGGAAGCCCAGUUAAUCAGCAGCCCAAGAAGAACAAUGUGAUGGCACGAACAAGGCUCGUCGUUCCCAAUAAGGGCUAUUCGUCAUUAGACCAGAGUCCAGAUGAAAAGCCACUGGUAGCCCUGGAUACGGACAGUGAUGAUGACUUUGACAUGUCCAGAUAUUCCUCCUCGGGAUACUCAUCAGCUGAGCAGAUCAACCAAGACUUGAACAUCCAGCUGCUAAAGGAUGGGUACCGGUUAGAUGAGAUCCCAGAUGACGAGGACCUCGACCUAAUCCCCCCUAAAUCGGUCAACCCUACCUGCAUGUGUUGCCAAGCCACCUCCUCCACCGCCUGUCACAUCCAGUAGUGAGGCCGGCAGGCUGUGAUCAGUGCUUUCCACUAUAACUGUAAAACUUAACAGCCAUUGCUUCCUCCUAUGGUAGGACGUGCACCUCUUUGUGUUCAUGGAGCCAGGAGAAACCAAAAAAUUCAUUUUAUGAUUGGUUGAUAAGUUAUUUUAAACUAUGGUUAAACAAAAGAGAAGUUGCUCAAAGUGCCAGGCAGUGCCUGGCAGAACUGACUGGUCUGGAGAGCGAAUUCUAAGCAGUCCACAGAUACCUCCUUGGUUUGUGUAGGCACUGGGGAUGUUUUGUAAGGUGUCUACUCCAAAACGGGUAGGGUCAGACGGGGCUGCAGGUCAUCCAGCCCACCGAAACCAAUCCAUCUGCGAGAUCAGGGGUGAGUCUGAGGUGUCAGGGAGUUUUACCAGUGAGAGGAGGUCAGUUCUUAAUUCAUUCUCUAAACCUGUUUCAUUUGCAUAACCAAAAUGAUACUGUAACUGGGGCACAGGAAUGGGAACGGAGCAGGGCAUCCUUUCUUAGGGCAAGGCUUGCCAGGACUAGCAUGACACAAUUCAUUCACUUGCGAAGAGGACAAAUAAGUGGCAUUUCACUGUGAGUCAGUACUAGCUAGAGCUGUCGAGUCACGUAUCCAAUGCAAUCUACCCUUAGCUCCACAUUAAAUUAUCACCAAACACAUCAGAUUCGAUCUGCAAUCCAUCCAUGCUCUUCAGGGAUUCAGUCCUUGCCCAAGAAUACCGUACUCCUGAGUUCAGUCCAAUCACAUGUACUGACUUCAGCCUAUACUUAAUUCCUGUGAGACCCAUCUGCUUCCAGAAAUCUUAAACUUUGUUCAACUAAGAAAAAAUGAGUCCUGCACAAGACAGGACUAGAGCUGUACAGUCUGAAGGUCAGUGCUGGAAAAGCUAGUUGAAGAAAGCACAUUUUUAUAGUGCUCGACUCUUGGUAUUCUCUUGACACUGCGUCUCUUGGUGUCUGUGGGAGAGAUCUGUUGACGCUGAAGGCAUCUGUGUGGUGGUGUCAGACUUUAGGGGAGUUUUUAGCAACAGCAGGAUUAUGAACAGCUUCAGCUGAAAAAAACGCAUGAGAGGAAACUACGGUUUAUCCCAUCUCUGCCCACUUGUGAACCAGGCUUGGUCUGUGUUAGAGCUGUCCCAUGUCAGGAGCAAUUGUCUUUAUUUGGUGCUGGAAUAGUCAGGAAACCUGGCGUUACAUUAGGUUGCUGGACUGAAUUGCCAGUUGACCAGCAGGUUGGUUUGAAUGCAAAAUCAUUUCUGGAAUUAGGAAACGUGUCCUCUCCCUGGCCGGUCUUACACUGCUGGCUUCAGCAUGUGCGGGGCUCAGGCGAGGGUUGGGCUGGUAUUUUUCUCGGUGUUGAAAUCUUUUGCCACAGGCACAACUGUGUGUUUUCCUGCCCUGCCAGGAGGAAGGACCGCCUGCCUUGGGUCAUUACUUGCUUUAUAGCCUGGGGAAGGGAAAAAGCAAGGGCAAUUCUGAGCUUCCCAUCAGAAUUCUUGAGUCACAAGGCAGAGCCUGAGCUCCACCCCGACAGACAGAUCCCCCAUCUUCAUGAAGUGAGCUGAGUCUUUAAGAAGUCCUCUUCAUGAUUAGGAGGAGAGUUAUUUAACAUCCUGGGGUUUCACUCUGUGCAGUGCAAAGCAUGAUACCAUCCACAGCAUGAGCAAAAGAGCAGGCACACAAGAUUCCUGGGCUUUAUUAUUCACUAGCUGGUAUGGGCAGCUGUUAAAGCUAUGUUUGCCCCCCCUCCUUAAAACAGCACACUGCCACCCUGGCUGAUGUCCAGGUAACCAUCCCAAAGGCCAUAGAAAGAGGACUGAGUGGUGCUGUUUACUGAGCACCCCUGCCUCCUUGUGCAGAAGUGCUGGUUAACUUGCCAGCUCCUCUAGGAAGAGUGUUCCUCAAGUGAAUUCCUCUCCCUUUCUCACCACCUGGUAAUGCUGGGGGGGAAUAUUUCCAAAACGUUUCUGAAGAAGCACAAAGCAUCAGGUCUCCAAUUCUUGCUUCUUCCUUCGUGUGCCUGCUUUCCUCUCCAGUGCUAGCUCAGGUUGAAGUUAGCAAGUUGUCUGGAGGUGGGGGAAGGGCUCUAACAACACUGUGUAGAGAGAAAAGAUAAAAGGGAAAAACAUUCCUUAAGGAGUCUUUUUUUUUAAUGGGGAACGUAGUCAAAACCUAACAGAAUCACCGUGGUCAAACCAAAUCCUAUAGGACAUGACUGAGUCUCUUUAAAUCUUCACUCUUCUAAAGAGGGACUUUGCAGUUCAGCAUUGAUACCAUGCAACAUCUUCAUCGCAUUUAUCCUUCUGGGUCAGUCUCUGUGCCUUCCAGCCGGGCUGCACAUGCUUAGCCUUUCCCACAGCCCUUGCUCAGGAGCUCGGGGCAUUUCAGUGUGCCUGCUAGAGCAACAAGCCAUCCUUUAACAUGGAUCAGCUGUGGAGGACUGCAGGUCCCACAGGUCUCGUCAUGCUGCCAUCAUGUUCAGUCUAAGACAGAACGAGGCUUGCUGACACUGUAUCUCCCAGGGUUAACACCUCUCCUGUGAAGGACAGACCUUCCCUGAAAACCACUGCCCCAUGGCACCACGACCAAGUCCUUUUAUUGCCCCUAUUGCUGGUUUUUGCCUGCCAUGUGCCCUGAGGCAUUUUGCAACCCUGCCACCCUGCAGCUGUCCACAGCCCUUUGCAUUGUGUGAUGUGCAUCUGCUUCUAGCACAACCCUUUAGGGAGGGAGGGAGAUGAAUUUAAAUGUUACACCCAGUGCUUCUUCCAAGUACAGAUCAAAGCACAGGCCAAGUGUUUUUCCCUGCACACAGAAGGAGUUGGUUGCACAAAUAGCUGGUUUGGCCUGACAGUACAGGACCAUAAAAUGGCAAUUUUUUGGCUUCUCCUCUCUAUGCUUUGUGUUCAUAUAUUUUAUUAGGGGAAUAAAGUAGAAAGGGUGGGGAAAAGUAGUUACCUGUGUAGGGUCGUUAUCAGGAAGGCUGAAUAGAUUAAGGCAAUGCAUAUGUGGCUAUCAUAGAAAACUGAACACUAACCCUUCUGAACCGCAGCCCCUUAAGCAGGUUAUGACCACGGGGCACGUUUGUUGGCACGUAUGUCCACAUAUGGAAUAUGGUGGACAGCCCAUCAGUAUGUGUUAAGCACAGAUUGGGCUGGCUCCCCCUAUCUGGUCUCAUGUUCAGACCUUUGCUUCAGCCAGAAGGUUUUCCUUGUGCCCUCAUUGGAGGUUACACUGUGGUGACUUCCCGGGAAGGUGUAUAGAUACAUGGCUGUUCUGGCACUGCUCUCUUUAGACCAGUCUCUGCCACCAUGGCCUAGAGAAGGCAAAAGCAAAAAGCAUGGACCCUGACUCUGUCGCAGCAUUAUAAAGCCCUAAAAUCUGCAGAGCUGCUGGGCACUCUCCUAAAUGCAGGUUGCAUGCAAGAAAGCAAAUAGUUCCUUAUUCCAGUCUUUGCACCAAACCAGAUGGUCUUCUCAGGCCCCAUUUUCAGUCCAAAGUUGUACAGAAUACCAAGGGGAAUACCAUGAAGUAUGAAAGGCUGCAUUGCUAUCCAUCUAAAUUACCAUGCAAAUAGGAUUUAAGGAUAUUGAUGCUGGCGCCUCCACAAAGGAAUUUGCAUUUGAUGCCUCCUAAAGCCAGAAUGGCUUUUUAUUAGGAUUUUAUAUAAUUUUAGUCACCAAAUUACCUGAGUUUAAGCAAGUCCUUUCCUUUUAACAGAUGUUAAUUUUGCCCUUAAAUGUGAGCUGGCUUUGAAGUCCAGGGUCUCGGCACUCAACUCUGUCUCUCCAGUCUGCAAACUCCCCAUUUCCACAUGUCUCUGUGAGGAGGAGCGUCCUCCUAGUGUUGAGGAAGGUCUUUAGAUAACACGGUCUAGUCUGCUUUUCUGGUGGUUGUAUAUAAUAAACUUUGGCUGAAAGGAGGCUGAUGUCCAGGCAACCAUCCCAAAGGCUCAUUCAAUGUCUUAUCAGACAGUGAUAAGUGAUCCCUUGGAAGAGCCACUGGAUCAUAUCUGACGUUGCUGCAUGUCUACCCCCAACACGUGCACUUGGCCUUGCGACUGCAAAAGCAGGCAACCAAGCCUGCUGCAUGGACUUUGAAAGGAACUUCAGGAUGCUCCCCCAUGGACAGGAUGGACUCAGCUGCUUCUGGUUUGUCUCUCCAGCUCCUUUCCCAAAAGGAGGCACACGCUCUGCUCAGCUGUGUGCUGGCUGACACAUUGGUCUGUGAUCCUGAGCAGAAUCCUUUCCUCUCCAUGCAGAGUCUGUGUCCUUGGGCUGGCCUGCAAGCUGAACAACGGCAUGUAGGAGGCUUGAAAAGUACAGCGCCCUGUAUGUGACUCCACAGAAACAUGAAGAUGCUUUUGAAGAAAGGAAGGACCCAGCUGGGCACCAGAUGGAAUGACAGGAAAAGGAAAACAAGCAGUAACUAGAGAGGUUGCCAAGCGCUGUCUUGGCCUAGGGCAGAUCCCAGUUGUCCGAGUUAAUCUAUCUCAGUACAGUGCUGAUACCAGCAGGGAGCAAAGCUCGCUUUCAGAUGCACACCCCAGAAAUACCAUGUCCCCAAGCUGGCACCGCAGCCAAAUACUACUGUGGAAAGUCUGCUGGACUUAGAGCACAGAAAGGAGAUCUGGGGUCCCUUGCUGCUGUUGGCAUGUGGUACACAUUUGCUUUAACCUCAGGCAAGUCACAUCCCCUCUUGAUGUCCAAUCCCUUCUGCAGCACAGGGGAGAAACCUGCCUUCCCAAGAUGCUGCCACCACCCUGCAUAGAUGUUGCCAAGUGUGUGGCAGGCACCAUUGAUAGGAUAGCUCUGUAAGCAAGAUGCAGAAGCAUGCUGUAGAAAUUUUAUGCAUAUUUUCAAAGUACUACUCUGCUUUCCCUCUGUUUACCAGCUUCUGAUAUUGCUUGCAUGUGCCAGAAGGCUGCAGGGUGGAGGUUAGUAGAAAGAUUAAACAGCUUUGGGGGAAGAUAUUUAGCAAGGAUGCGUUUCCCAGUUAUUUGGCAGCUGGCUCUUGCAGAACUGGCUUCUCAAUCUGCAUGCUGCCACAGGGAACAUGUAAGAAGAUUUGGUGGCCCAACAGCACCAUCCACUGCUAGUAGAGUUAAGGAACUUAGAGGAGUGCAGCUGGCAUAGUGAGUGCUGAUGGGAGGGAAGAAGGCAUUGAAGGGCUCAUCUAGGAUAUUCCCACAGCAGUUUCGUGCUCUGACUUUCAGCAUCCAUAUCAUGAUUUGACGGUAUAAACUGGCACUUUCGCCUAGAUGCUUCCUUUACUUUUCCGUUCGCCUUCAAGCUCACAUGGGGUAUGGCCACUCUUACCUAGAAUGAAGUAGGCUUUGUCACUUGGCUGCUGCUUGGCUCAGCAAGCACAGGCUACAUGUGCCACCAUGAAUAUACCCUGGCUUUGACCUCUACCACUCUUCAGAGCUGACUCUUUGCAUCACCCUCCUAUUUCUACUCCUCAUAUCUAAAAGAAACAUCUGCACAGAUGGGCAGUGCCACAGGGCAAGCUGGACUAGGUUGAGCCUAAGAGGAAGGCAUGGGAACGUCUUUAUUUUAAGGUGCUUUUCACCUCUAGGAGGACAUUGCAUCCUUGUCACUUCCUUUCAAGGCUUUCCUGUGAGAGGGAUUGCUCCAAACCUUGAACCGCAUCUCAUCAGACACACCUGUCUGUCUUACAAAGCCACACAAGCCCUGCAGCAGAAGGGCCAGCAAUUUAGCAUAGAGGAAGAGGUUGUGACCUGGGAUUACCUACAGAAUAUUAAUGCAGGUUUCUCACAGGGACUGGCAUCUGUAUUUUAACUCCCUGUAUUAUGCAGUUGAGCUGCUGCAUCGCUUCCAAAAAAUUACAGCUACAUCCCCUCCUUUGCCUCCCUUGACAUUGGUGGCAAUCCCAGGAUCACAGCAGCUAAAUGCUGCCUGGCUCAGCACUGCUUUGACAGCUUGCUGGGGAGGCAAAGGUUGGGGACUAAUCGAGAUUACAAGGAGCAGAGCACUGUGGCCAUGCAACCGGGCAGCAAGCCAUGUCACAGAGCAGCACGGACACUGACAGGACAGGUUGCAGCUUUCCCUGAUGCCUGUGGAGAACAGCUGUUCCCAUUGCUUCCCAGACACACUUGCCACUGGUGGUAGCUCCGAGCCUUGUUGUGCCUGGUCUGUGGAGCCAUUUCCAUAGUAACAAAUGGUGAUACAGGUGGUGGGAUUGCAUCAGUGAGUGGAAAGUACAAAAGAAGCCUCAUUAAAAUGUCUCAGACGUGUCACUGGAAACCAGCACAGCAGGCACCAGGAAAAGAAAAGGCCAUGGAAAGGCCGUGCUGAAAUAAGUCCCAUUACCUGGCGAGAUGUUUGCCCUCCCGGAGUAGCAUUUCCCCCCUAGUUGCCCAUCCAGCUGCCCCAGGUGAGCUCACUGGGAAGCACUGCUGUCCACCAAGGCUGCCUUCUUGCUUCUGUACCCCAAAAAAGGUGCAACUCCAUUUGUUACCCACUUUCCUGGAGCCCACAUCAUUUGGGAGACACGAAGUUUGUUGGGAGAUGUAAUACAGAUCCACAGAGAGAGCUGGAAAACUUGGACAAGCUCUCUUCACAACAGCCCUUCUGGUUUUUAUCACCUUCAUCUCCAUCCCCAGCUCACAGAUUUCUUUGCUCGGUUUCUUUGCACAGAAAAGCUGUGGUAGCAGCUGUGUUUGGCUUGUAGCUGCCUCUGUCCUGAGACAAACCCAAGGCAAACAUCAGACCAGCUGGAGAUCCAACAACCAUGAUGGUGGGUAAGCCAGAGAGCAGGCUGGGAUUUCUCUUCACCCAUCUGAAGGCUGUGGUGCUGAGGGAUCGCCAGGCUAGUGUAAAACCUUGGUGUGAUCCAGCAAGCCAAGCUGGCCGCCUCCACCCUCCCGGUCUCAGUGCUGCAGGAGGUCUGGGACCCAAGCGCCAGGUCCCAGGCCUGCCAGCCCAUGUGUUCCUGGUACGGGCUGGAGACCUGCAGCAGAGGCGCGGGUGGGAUGCCUGGCGGCUGUGCUCUUGCUGCGCUGGAGCAGGGCGCUGUAAGACACGCUGGUAGGACUGUAGUCCUGCAGGGAGAAAGACUCUUGCAGAGGAUGAAGUCUUUGCAGGGGAGAAAAUUCAGAAAGUGUGGGGGGGUUCCCCCCUUUUGCACAUUUUUAACCAUUUUUACUCCUUCCUUCAAUAACCUCCUUCCAGAG